GGGCGCGCUGAGCGGCGGCGGCGCCGCGCUGCCGGCUGUGGCGGCGCCGAGGGCAGCGGGACACCAUGGCGAGGAAGGGGGAAGCCUCCGCGCUGCCCUUCGGUGAACCAAGGAAAUUUGAUCCAAAGUUCAGAGGACCCAUUCAUAACAGGCAUUGUACAGAUGUUAUUUGCUGUGUAAUCUUCAUAGCUGUCAUUCUGGGUUACAUUGCGUUAGGAAUUGUCGCUUGGGUGCAUGGCGACCCCAGGAAAGUUGUUUAUCCAACUGACAGCUAUGGGCAGUUCUGUGGUCAAAAAGAUACCCUCAAUGAGAACAAGACCAUUUUGUUUUACUUUAACAUUCUGAAAUGUGCCAGCCCAGCAGUGUUAAUAAACCUACAGUGCCCUACAACACAGCUUUGCGUCUCAAAGUGCCCAGACAGGUUUGCAACCUACAUAGAUGUUCAGGCUUCCUACAGAUAUAAACCAGAUAACUGGAAUUACUUCAAGCAGUUCUGCAAACCUGGUUUUAACAAUCCUCGCAAGUCUGUUGCUCAAGUCCUGCGUGAUGAAGAUUGCCCUUCGAUGAUCAUUCCAAGCAGGCCUUUUCUUAAGAGAUGCUUUCCAGACUUCUCCACAAAGAAUGGUGUGCUGACUGUGGCAAAUCAAACUACCUUCAAGGAUGGAAGAGGGAAAACAAGAAAUGUGACUGAUCUCAGGGAAGCUGCAAAUGGCAUCAAUAUUGUCCUGGAUGCAAGAUCAGUUGGAAUGAAAAUUUUUGAAGAUUAUGCCAGUUCUUGGUAUUGGAUUUUAAUUGGGCUGUUCAUUGCAAUGAUUGUGAGUCUGCUCUUCCUUGUGCUAUUAAGGUUCACAGCCGGGGUCCUUUUCUGGAUCUUCAUCUUUGGUGUGAUUGGAAUUAUAGGAUAUGGCAUCUGGCAUUGUUACUGGGAGUAUAGUCAUCUCAAGGGAAUACCUGGAUCUGACCUCACUGUUUAUGAUAUUGGAUUCCAGACAGACUUCAGAGUAUAUCUGCAACUGAGGCAAACAUGGUUAGCAUUUAUGAUAAUACUUUGUGUUGUUGAGGUCAUAAUCAUAUUGAUGCUAAUCUUCCUGAGGAAUCGAAUCCGGAUUGCUAUUGCCCUGUUGAAGGAAGGCAGUAGGGCUAUUGGCUAUAUAAUGUCUACAUUGUUCUACCCAAUUGUCACCUUCUUACUCAUUGCAAUUUGUAUUUCCUACUGGGCUGUGACAGCUGUUUUUCUCGCUACAUCAGGAGAGCCUGUGUAUAAGGUAAUGGCUAAUCAAACAUUGUGCAAGUAUGCAAACCUGAGUUGUGACCCAGAGACUUUUAACACAACCAAUGUGACCAAACUUUGUCCAGGUGCUCAGUGUACUUUUGCAUUUUAUGGAGGAGAAAGCUUAUACCAUAAAUACAUCUUCGUCUUUCAGUUAGCCAAUGUCUUUGUCUUUCUUUGGCUGGUAAACUUUGCAAUUGCACUGGGACAGUGUACCCUUGCUGGUGCCUUUGCCUCUUAUUACUGGGCCUUUCGGAAACCUGCUGAUAUUCCACUGUGGCCGCUCUUCUCUUCAUUUGGGCGAGCAAUACGAUACCAUACAGGUUCACUGGCAUUUGGAGCCUUAAUUCUUGCAAUUGUCCAGCUUAUUAGAGUGAUCUUGGAGUACUUGGAUCACAAACUGAAAGGUACACAAAACUCCUUCACUAGAUUUCUACUCUGCUGCCUCAAAUGCUGUUUCUGGUGUUUGGAAAAAUUCUUAAAAUUUAUAAACAGAAAUGCCUACAUCAUGAUUGCCAUAUAUGGAAAAAACUUCUGCACCUCAGCAAAGGAGGCAUUCUUUCUGCUCAUGCGUAAUGUGGUGAGAGUUGCAGUUCUGGACAAAGUUACAGAUUUUCUUUUAUUCCUGGGGAAAAUUCUCGUUGCUGGUGGUGUAGGUGUUCUUGCCUUCUUUUUCUUCACGCAGAGAAUACCAGUGUUUGCAGAGGAAGCACCAACAUUAAACUACUACUGGGUACCAUUGUUGACUGUCAUUAUUGGCUCCUACUUAGUUGCACAUGGAUUCUUCAGCGUCUAUGCAAUGUGUGUCGAUACGCUUUUCCUCUGCUUUUGUGAAGAUCUGGAAAGAAAUGAUGGAUCUACAGCAAAACCCUACUUCAUGUCAGCUAGCCUUCACCGAAUUCUAGGAAAGAAGGAACUAAGCCCUAAGAAGGCAGUGGGAUGACAUAUACAGUAAACCUCAACAUCGAAACAGUGUCACUUUUAAGCAACAUAUGUAUAAAGUAGGCAAAAGUAAAAACUGUAAAUGAUGCUUCUGGUUAAUGGGUGAUUCUUUUUUCCUUUUGCUUCUGUCUAUAAAAAAUGAGCAACAUUGGUAAUAAUUAACUAGAUAAGUAAAUGCUUAAACUAGCAGCUGUGAAGCAAGGCCACAUUUUAGUUUAUAGAGUGCCUAUCGAAAGGAAAAUGUAAAUUUGAAGCUUUUUUAAGUCUAUAAUGAACAAUGUUUUAGUAACUUUUUUAACACAAGUUGCUGCCUCAAAGGACAGCAUUUUUGAUAACAUUUCUUUUUAUAAGUGUAUAUUUGUAAAAGAUAUUCAGGCAAUUUUAUGAAAGCACUACCCUAUAUCAUAAUUAGCCAUAAAAAAUAGUUUGAGAAUUUCUAGUUAACCAGCAGAUGGUACUAAAUUUGUAAAUAUGGUGCUAUGAUUGUAUUUUUUUGUACAAGCUGGUUCACAGCCAUUUAAACUGUGAUUAUACAUGCAUUGAUGAUUCCCUACACUGGAAAAUGUAGUAAUAUUUUAAUCACGUCCACAGCUGUGUGUUUCAAGAGCUGAAGAAUGGUACUCUAUAGGCCCAAAGAAGGUAGCCAGAGAAGACUACAGUGGAUGCUGCUUAAAGUGAAGUUUUUGUGUAUUGUGUUUAAAAGAUAAAAGUGAGGGAAGGUCCCAUUGCACUUAAUAUGAUUUGUGGCUCACACAAAUGAGGUUUCAUCUGGUACAAGAUGGCAAAUGUAUCAUUUUCAGCUGAUGUGUAUGAGAGAUGUCCUUGUGUUAAUGUCCUCACCUCUAAUGACUCUCUGAUUGUGCUCUACAUUAUGAGGAAGUUGAGCUUUGCUGAAAGGAAAACCAAAUGCAGUUUUUCCUCAGAGAAAAGUUUUGGCUGUAUUUUGUGCACACGGUGUUCCCGUUGCCGCUGCCUAGCUCAGAAGGGCUUCUUAUGAGAUACUGCAGUGACCAUGCUGCCACUAAGGGCAAAGCAUGUGCUUUUUAGGUCUCCAAACUCUCAGUGGCUCAAACAGUAAGAUACUUAGAUAAGAAACAGAACCAUAUCUUCUGAUGACACAGGAUUAAAUAUAUCACUACUGAAAGAUGCUCCAAAAGAUUGAGUAUGCUUUUAGAUUAUUGAAGUUGCCUGAUUAUUGGUUAAAAGUCUGUAGAUAUAAAACACAUUAACAUUCUGUUCAGUUCUGUGAACCUCCCUUAAAUAGAACUGUUACUGAGGUCAGCAACAGCUCUGCUCGCUGAAAAAGUCUUAUGCUGUAUAGGAAUGCUAAAAAGAGAAAAAGAGAAAUACAAAAAUCAUCAAACAUGAGAAAAUGAAAGACAGUUUUCAAGACUGUUAUUUCUGUGAGCUGAGCUGAGAAUGUUUUAACUCAUUAGUGCGUGUCAUGCAUGCCAGAGACCCUGCCUCCAGUUUUCAAGGGUUCCACAGGAUAAGGACAUUAUUGUCCACUUUUCAGGAGUGAGAUAUUUUCCCUCGACCUGGUAUUAUGCAAAUUCAGCUCUUCAAAAUACUUUUCUAGCCCAAAGAGUCCAUUGAUGUCACAAAGAGAAAGACAAAAUCUCUCUAUUUGAUUUAAGUUCAGAUUUUAGGGGAAAAUUUACUGACAGCCCACAUCCUAGACAGUAUUGCUCUUGUGACUUAUGGCUCCAGUUUAUGAAUGUUUUAUUCACAAGAAAAGCAGAAAGAUCUCCCUGAUGCCACUUGUCUGAGUGCUGUUAAUGUACAGGUGAAUUAUUACCACCAUGCGUUUGGAGUCAUGGGCAGGAUAGGAUCUACAAAGCCUGCAAACUGCAGGGCAAGUGACAGGUCACUGGUAUGCGUUCUCUUCGAUCGAGGCAGCAGUGUAGUUCUUCCUGGUGAAGCAGAAAUGGGUGGUUCAGUUUAGGACUUAAACAGCAUAAAAUAAAGGCAUACAGUUUCAAACGAAACUAGUGAUGUUGGACAUCUUCAUUUCUGAGAACCCUUUAGAGACACCUUAGAGUAAACUUGACUUUCAGAAAGGGCUGAAUCUGCCUUCCAAAAAUCAGGUGCUUAACUGAGGAGUGUAAGGUUUUUCAUUAUUAUUUUUCCCAUCUGAUCAUGUGUGUGACAUGGAAUAUACAACCCCCUAAAAUUCUAACCUCUUCUGAGAAUUAAGUCAACAAUUUUAGGGAAGUUUGUGCCACCCUUGUGAAGUCCAGCAGAUUUAAAAAGCUACUGGACUAUGAUUCCAGUCCAAACUCCAAUGUAUUUUUGAUUGACUUCUAUCUAAUUAGUUUGCAGCUGAAGAAGUUGCAUUAAGAAAUCUAUAUUUCUCUACUAGACUUGAGUGUCUUACUGAGAAAAAGGCAUGUUUCUGAAUACAAUGUGCUUUCUUUGUCAUAUGAAUGUAACCAUAGAGUUUAUUAGGAAUACAACAUAAUAGAAAUAGUA